AUCUUCGCCUCUGUGUCUGAAAAAUCAAUUCUAGAGAGAGAAAAGUGAAGCUUUUAGAGGGGGAAAGUAUUAAGUGAAAGCCUUUCAGUUGUUUUGUGCGUAAAAACGACUGUAAUUAAGCUUCAAAACGACAGGGUUUAAUUGCAGUUUCCCUCUGAUUUCAACUAAAACGACACGCCGUUGUUGGUAGCUCCCUUCAAGAACCCUAGAGGCUGCUUCUGGUUCAGAUCACGAACUCAGCUCCGCUUGCACUUUGUGGACUUUUGAUUCUUCUGGAUGACCUUUUGGAUUGCAGCAAAAGAAAUUUGACAAUAAUUUGGAGAUAAACGUGUUACUUGUUCAUAUUAAGUGUAUUACUUAUAUGAUUUUGCCAUUAGAAUAAGGUGGUUUAAGCCAUUAUGACUAUAUAUAUGGAUACACCUAUAUACUGCAACAAGAUAUAGCUUAAAAGGACUGGUGGCUGGAUUUUUAAUGCCUGGUAACGAAGUUGAAGACAGGAUCCGCAACCAAUUUGAGCUAGAAAACUCUUUCCAGAGCCAGCGUCUACUGCAAGCUGCGGAUGGAAGCUGGCCAGUUCUUAACUCCAACCAGUGGGUCAGAAAGCUGGGAGAGGUCGGGGCACCCUUGAAUUUCAAUCUGAAGAGCUAUAGCUUGCAACAACUAGAUUCUCCAAGAGGGAUUGGUGGUGAGUCCUUGAUCAUACCACUCAAUGAAAACCCCAAGCAGUUGACACCUAUUCCUGAGUAUUCCAGAGUUCCUUACAGAAAGCAACAUCUAAUAACAAAUGGCUUCUCACUUGGAUGCCAGAGUUUUGGGACGCAGCAGAAUCAACCGGGGAUUUAUGGUGAAAAUGCCAGUUAUGAUCAGCAUAAUUUAACUUCCAGAGGUUUUUCUAUCCUUAAAUCACAUCAAGAGAAUGAAUCUUGUGACAGUCCCACCCUGACAGCAAAUUCAGAAAGGUCAGAAAUUACUGAAGCUUCUACAGAUUUCAACUUUCUUAAAGGGCAAGAACAACUUUUUAGCGGGCAACAAGCAGGUAUUUUACAGCCUUUCCCCAUGCAGCAGUCUGGGUAUAAUGACAUGCAGUUGUUGCAGCAGCAAAUUAUGUUGAAGCAACUGCAGGAUCUUCAAAGACAUCAGCAACUUCAACAGUUAGGUGAUGUGAGGCAGCAGAAUACAUUAAACCAGUUCUCUGCCAUCGCUAGACAGCCUGCUGGGAGCCAGAUGUCUCCUCUCAUUAAUGGAUCACCAGUUCAUGAUGCUCCACAAAUGUUUAUGAACUUGGUCCAGCGAGGUGCAUCUCCUACUGCGCCAGGAGUAUCUAAGAGAGUUGUCUUCUCACAAGAGCAAGCCCAGGCUCUCCGUCCAGUGGGUCUGACUCCUCAGCAGCCUGAUGCAUCUUUAUAUGGUACUCCUGUUGCUAAUGCAAGAGGUAACAUGAGUCAAUAUUCCUACCUCCAAGGGAUGUCUAAUGACAAUGUGAAUUUGCUCACCAAGGCUGGUGGUCAAACUCAAAAGCCUACGAUGCAGUCAUCAGAAGCUUUUCUGAAAGAUCAGUAUGCUGUCCCUCCAGAUCAGCUCUGCAUGCAACAAGGUGCAAUCAUGUCGAACCAGGGUUUUCAUGGGAAAGAUAUAUUUGGAGAAGCUUCCAUUCAAGGUUUCAAUAAUGGAACUAUAUCAGGAAACUUCCAGAUGGGCAAUGCUCCUCAAAUGAAUGCAGCUGCUAAGGACUUCAGUGGGAGGCAAGAGCAAGCUGGUUGGCCAGUAAUGCAGCAGAAAACUACACAAGUUGCUCCUCAGAGUUUGGUCCCUCUUGACCCAAUUGAAGAGAAGAUCUUAUACAACAUGGAUGACAACUUUUGGGAUUCUUCUUUUGGCAGGCGCCCUGAGGCUGGAAAUUUCAGCAAUGCAUUGGACAACCCUGAUUUUUCAAAUGCAUUUCCAUCUAUACAGAGUGGGAGCUGGAGUGCUCUUAUGCAGUCUGCUGUGGCAGAGGCUUCUAGCAGUGAUACUGCUCUGCAGGACGAGUGGCGUGCCUUGACAUUUCAGAAUACAGAACAGUCAAAUGAUAAUCAGCUUUCAAACUUUAUUGAUAGUGAGAAGCAGCAAACAGGCUGGGUUGAUAACAACUUGCAGGGUGCCUCAACCUUUAGUUCAAAACCUAUGCCUGUUUUUAAUGAUUCUGGCAUAAGCUCGAGCUUCCCUGGUUUUCAGCAGCCAAGUAACCAAUUUUCAACUGAACAGAGGGAUAAUCCCUGCCAGGAGGGAUUGUUUGAACAGAAGACUACCAAAGUCACUUCCAAGUGGGUAGAUUGUGGCUCUCAGCAGAAGCAAUACAUUGAAGGAAGUCAACAGAUACAAUCAAGCAUGCAUAUAAAUAAUGCAUGGCCAGGUCAAACAUAUGAUCAUCCAGACAGUGAUGCCAAUCAGCAGAGGACCACUUCUCACGAUGAUUUUGGCCAACAGAUAAAUAAUAGCCAAUCAAGCAGUCAACAAGCCUCUGGUAAUAAUAUGUCUGAGAGAAGCUACCAAAGAGAGACCCCUGGUGAAGACUAUGACUCCAAUGGAUUGCACAUUCGUGAUCAAGUAAAUUCUGGGCAGGUGAAGUUUUUUGGUGAUGCUUCUUCUACUUUGAACUUUAGUGAGGGGCGCAUUCCUGUGGAGGAGUUAAAUUCUAGAGGUGAUAUUAAAUCAGUUGGUGCUGAUGGCUCAAAUGUUGCUUCUCAGACAAGUCAACACAUGCAUGAGUUGCUUCAAAAGGUUGACCGUUUGAGGGAGGGUGGCACUGCAGUUCAUGCUGGCUUGGCAGACUCUAAUUCACUGUCCAACGCUCCUGAGGCAGAAACUCAUACAUCAGUUGGGCAACUAUACAACCAGUCUUUUGCUUCCCAAGGUUUUGGCUUAAGAUUGGCUCCUCCAUCUCAGCGUGCGCCCAAUUCAAGUGUUUUCCUCUCUUCUCAGGGUUCACCACAGACCAUUGGUUAUCUAAAUUCUGGACAAGUCAAUUCUGAGUUACAAGAGAAACAUCAGACAUGGGGAAGCUCUGUUGCAGCACUUGAAUCCAGUCUUCCACAUUUAAGGAAUCGUUCUCAAAUGCCAGAGGUGCCCAGUUCACCCAUAGCAUCUCAACCUUCUCAGGCAACACUGUCAAGUACUUCUAGGAGACGUCCACCUUUUAACCUUGCCCCCUUUCAAGAUAGCUCUCCACAGACCUCAGCCAAUCCUUUUGGUCAACAGUUUCCAGUGUUGGAGGCCGUGUCAGUAACUCAGCCUUCUCUUUUGUCAACCAUGUCACGACAGGGUGGUUAUGGGGAAAUGCAGGCAGUAAAAGAGAGGUCCUUGCAGCAAACAUCAUCUGAGAUAGUGAAUUCUUCUGAGCAAGCUGGUUUUUCUCUAGGCAAAGAAAUUUUCCAACAGCAAAGCUUAGAUGCAAAUGCUUUACCGUCUGUCUCAUCUGUGUCUCAUUCUAUUCAGGAGGGCCUUGAUGGGAUGAGGCAUGGUGAUAACCAAGUCUCUUCCAUAUCAGAGAGAGAUUUUGCACCUCCUGGUCAUUCUUUGAAACAAACUAGUAAUGUCGAGCAAAAUUAUUCCUUGUUGCACCAAGUGCAAGGAAUGAAUAAUGUAGAGGCUGAUCCAGCUAAGGGUACUAACAAUGCUCAGCAGUUUACUUCUGUAGUGAGCAGGCAAUUGUAUGAACAUGAUUCAAGGUUGAUGAACCCUAUGGACAAUCAAACAAGUUCAUCAGGUGGGGAUGCCAAUUUGCUAAGCUUCUUCUCAGGAGGAAGGGAAGACCCAAGUGCAAAAGCUUUGUCACACCCUGCUGUCCAUAAUUUAACUCCCCAUGAGAUGUUUGGAUUUGGUCAAAAUUUUUCUCAGGGUCAAUCUAGUGUUAAUAAUUUCACGACUGCUCAUACAAAUCAUGGCCAAGUUAACUUGCAAAUGGCCUCCUCCUGGUUUAAGCAGUAUGGGACUUUCAGAAAUGGGCAGAUGCGUUCUAUGUCUGAUAACAGGAUUGCAAAACCUACUGUUGGACAAUUAUCUCUUGGCAAGCCUUCUCAAAAUUUGCAUGCCCAUGCUUCUCUCCAACAGGUAGAUGCUGUUGAUCCUAGUCAAGUUGCUAAUGCUAGGCCAAGCACAGCUGCUGCAUUGGUGCCAAGUGAACACCUUUCAGCAUCUUAUGCGUUGCCUUCAGACAUGAGCAAUCAAAGUAUUGGUAUUGCAAGACCAAAGAAGCGCAAAGCAUUAAUGUCUAAGCCUCUUCCAUGGCACAAAGAAGUGACAGAAGGUUCCCAGAUGCAUCCACAUAUCAGGAUAUCAGAACAAGAGUGGGCAGUGGCUGCAAAUCGAUUGUAUGAGAAGGUGGAAGAUGAUGUUGAAAUGCUUGAAGAUAUACAACCAAUGUUUCGAUCAAAGAGGAGGCUUAUCUUGACCACACAGCUUAUGCAGCUAUUAUUUCACGCUGCACCAUUGUCCAUUCUCUCAGCAGAUGCUACCUCACACUAUGAUAGUGUCUCUUAUGUUGCAUCUAGGAUAGCCCUAGGUGAUGCAUGUAGCCUCUCCUGUGGUGUAGGAAAGGAUUUGCAGCUGCCUUCGGAAAACAGAAACAGUAACAUGACCUUUGAGAAAGAGAAGUUUAGGAGUAAUGAAAAAGCAAGUGAUCAGAAGUAUUCACAAGUCAUGGACGAGUUUAUUAGUAAAGCAAAGAAACUGGAAAAUGACUUUCAAAGAAUGGACAAGGCAGCGUCUGUUAUAGACAUCAGAGUGGAAUGCCAGGAGAUGGAACGGUUUGCAGUCAUCAAUCGUUUUGCUAAAUUUCAUAUCCGGGGACAAGCGGAUAACUCUGGAGCUGCAUCAUCUACCGGGGCACCAAAACCAUUUCUGCAGCGAUAUGUGAUGGCACUUCCAUUGCCCAAAAAUCUACCUGAGGGGGUACAGUGUCUUUCACUAUGAUCAUUAAGUUAUUGAUCCUCUCUGAAAUUUGAUCCUUUUUGAACUAUGCUCUGCAUGCCAUAUCAAUGCAUCACAAUGGUCCAUCUCCACUAACCUUUCACUGGCAAAGAAGAAAUGCAUGAUGGAAUGCUGGACAAGUCAACCUUUGUAACCGAGGCACUCAAUUGAUUUGACUUGAGAGGCCCUUGUGUUGUCAUUUUUGAUAAAGUAAAUAUUGUUUAUUGUAUAUUUUGAUGAAAUUCCAAGGAGGAAUAAGGUAUCUGAAGCAUC